ACGCCCCGCCUCUCAGUCGGCGUCGGUGGGCGGCGGGGGAUAAGCCGGGGGUUGUCGUGUAGUUCGCUCUCUGCUCUCACACACCAUCAGCGUCUCGGAGCUCUUUCAAUCACCGCCGACAAGAGCCAGUGAGCUGGGCCAUGGCCUGUUACCAUAGACCAGACGCGAACACCCUGCAGGCCUUGAAGGACAUGGCCAACACGCUGAGGAUUCACUCCAUAACUGCCACCAGCGAGGCCGGAUCGGGACAUCCCACAUCAUGCUGCAGUUGCGCCGAGAUUAUGUCUGUGCUAUUCUUCCAUGCCAUGAAGUAUAAACCACAUGAUCCUAAAAACCCUAACAAUGAUCGAUUUGUACUCUCAAAGGGCCAUGCAGCUCCAAUUUUGUAUGCAGCUUGGGCAGAAGCUGGUUACCUGAAUGUAAAUCAGUUGCUAACACUGAGGAAAAUGGGUUCCAUUCUUGAAGGGCACCCUGUUCCGAAACUAGCUUUUGUUGAUGUUGCUACUGGAUCCUUGGGGCAGGGUCUAGGAGCUGCUGCUGGCAUGGCUUAUACUGGGAAAUAUUUUGAUAAAGCCAGUUACCGUGUAUUCUGCCUGUUGGGAGAUGGAGAAUCAUCUGAAGGCUCAGUCUGGGAGGCAAUGGCGUUUGCUUCUCACUACAGACUCGACAAUUUAUUGGCCAUUAUUGAUGUUAACCGCCUGGGUCAAAGUGACCCUGCGCCACUGCAGCACAAAGUUGAAGCCUACCGCAAACGUUGUGAAGCUUUUGGCUGGACUACUGAAGUGGUAGAUGGGCACAGUGUUGAUGAACUCUGCAAAGCCUUUUGGCAGGCCACCAUGGUCGAAAACAAGCCAUGUGUUAUUAUUGCUAAGACCACUAAAGGAAAAGGCAUUGAAGGUGUUGAGGAUAAAGAAAAUUGGCAUGGCAAGGCCAUUCCAAAAGAUAAGCUGCAAGAAAUUAUUCAAGCAAUCAAAUGUAGGAUCCUAGAGGGCAAGAAACUUACCCCAGGGCAGCCGGUGGAAAGUGUAUCAACUGUGAAUAUUGAAGACAUCCAACUUGGUGCGCCACCCAAAUAUAAGCAUGCUGAAAAGGUAGCCACACGAAAAGCCUUUGGAACUGCCCUGGCAAAAAUAGGUCAUAGCAAUGACCGUAUUAUUGCAUUAGAUGGGGAUACAAAGAACUCAACAUUUUCAGAAAUGUUUAAAAAGGAAUACCCCAAGCGUUAUAUUGAAUGUUUCAUAGCAGAACAGAACAUGGUAAGUGUUGGUGUUGGUUGUUGUGCACGGGACAGGACCGUUCCAUUUGUCAGCACUUUUUCUACUUUUUUCUCCCGAGCAUUUGAUCAAAUUCGCAUGGCAGCAAUUUCUGAAAGCAAUAUCAAUCUUGUUGGAUCCCACUGUGGUGUCUCAAUUGGUGAGGACGGACCUUCCCAGAUGGGUUUGGAAGAUCUUGCUUUAUUCCGAGCCAUUCCCACAGCAACAAUUUUUUAUCCAAGUGAUGCUGUAUCAACUGAACGGGCAGUAGAACUGGCUGCUAAUACCAAGGGUAUUUGCUUCAUCCGAACUACCCGACCAGAAACUACCAUAAUUUAUAAAAAUACUGAAAUGUUUGAAGUUGGAAAAGCUAAGGUUCUGAAGAAGACCGAUAAGGAUAUGGUUACCGUUGUUGCUGCUGGAGUGACAAUGCAAGAAGCGUUGACUGCAGCUGCUAAAUUAGCUGAAGAGGAUAUCUUUAUCCGAGUGGUUGAUCCAUUUACAAUUAAACCACUUGAUGAUAAAACUAUUGUAUGUUGUACUAAAGGCACCAAGAAAAAGCAUGUUAUCACUGUGGAGGAUCACUAUUACGAAGGUGGUCUUGGUGAAGCAGUGGCAGCUGCUCUUGCUUCAGAACCUACCAUUAUAGUACACCGCCUGGCAGUGUCUGGUGUACCAUUUAGUGCAACACCAGCAGAGCUACUGGAAAGGUUUGAGAUUGAUGCGAAGGCAAUAGUGAAAACUGUGAAAGACAUCAUUUCAAACUAGACAGAGUCCCCAUAUGGUGUAACACAAUGGGCUGAAGUUCUAUUCUUUUCAGUGAUUUGUUUAUAUUAGAAAUAUACUUCGGGUUUUCCUUCAAUUUACUUAAUUAUAAGCUUUAAGGUAAUCUAUGAAAAUUAACUGUAAAAACUUCGAAAAUAGUCUUUAUAGUGAAAAUUGUUGCCUAUUGUUUUACAGCAACUGUUUGUUUCUGCUCCGCUGGUGAGCUAAUAUGCACAAAAUAUGUCCAUUUAAUGGUUACAGCUCCUGAUUUGUUUUCGAGUGAUACUAGUGGAAAACCCUACUUUAACAUUUUACUCUUUUCUUUCCCCUUACAAUUAUUUAAAAAGGCUACCUUCCCAAAGAUUAGAUGAGGUUUAAAGACACCAGAAACUAGAAGUGGCUGUUAAUGUUAUUACUAGAAUAAUGCUUAAUAUGUUGCAUGGUUUUUCUCUGUGAUCUAUUUUAGUACUGGAAUCAAGGCAGUUAAAAUAAACAGGCUAAUGUCUGUGCUAAAAUAAACAGAGCAAUGUCCUACAAGCAUAUUAAACUCUAUGCCCUUGACAGUGACUCGCCACUCGACUCCCAGGCUAUAUUCCUGGACUGAACCAGACUAUUCAAAACCUCGGUGUCCUAUUUAGGUUCAUGACAGCAUUCAUUCCCAUAUCUUCUCCAUUACAAAGUGUUCCCACUUCCACCUCUGUAAUUUUGCCCACUUUCGUCCUCAACUAAAGCAGUUGUGUUAAACCAUCAGCCGUUCCACAAACUACACUCUGCAGUUGUUUUGCUGCCUGGAUCCUAUUUCACAAAUUGCCUUGCUCACCUGUAACCUUGCCCUUGAUAAUCUAAUUGUUUGUGUCUAAAUCCCUUUUUGACCUUGCACUACUCAUGGCUUAUAGCUACUUCCCUUUGAAAGCUGUUCCUCUAAAUUUGGCCUUAUUUCUCCACCAUAAUUGAUUAUAUCUUCAGUUCUCUUGGAAUUGUGCUUUGGAAUUUCCUCAGUAAACGCAUUCAUGUCCCUCUCCUUCAUCAAGGUAUUUUAUAAUUGUUGCUGCUUUACAUCAUUUAAUAUUGUCAAAAUUAAUUUCUACACUGUAUUGCAUUUGAGUUUCACUCGACAAGCAAGGUUCUUAAUUCACUAAGUUGCAUCAUUCUCUCACCAAAACCUUUUUUUUUCAAAUAGCUACCGUGUGGAUGUAGCUAAUUUUCAGAAUCUUAUAACUCAGUUGUGUUAACAGAACCAAAGCACUCAUAACUUGGCUGAUGUGUGAAAGAAUAAAUAAUGGAGUUUUGUACAAGUCAGAGAUGCAUAAGUAACUCACUGCCUCCAUUUUACAGCUGGCAUGAUAUAAAAAAGGUUAUUUUAUGACUUAAAAUAUUUUAAUUAAAACAAGCGUUUUAAAAUGUUGCUUCUACAAUUUGAGACUCUACAAAUAUAUUCAACUUAAAAUUGAAGAGGUAAGAAAUGCAACAUUUGAUUGCAAGGUGCUGUGGCAUGGCAAAAUAAUAAAUUUUUUUAACAACUGAGAAA